AUGCAGUAUGACCGUGCCCUUGUUACAGCUAUGGUUGAGCGUUGGAGGCCAGAGACUCAUUGCUUUCACUUACCUUUUGGUGAGGUCACGAUUACAUUACAGGAUGUGCAGGUCUUGUUUGGUUUGCGCAUCGAUGGUGAUGUUGUGUACAUGCAGGAUGCUGCACGGAGGAUUCGUCCAUGGCGUACUUUAUUAGAGACACUCACAGGAUGCGCCAUAGCACCUGCUGAUAUGGAUGGUGCAAGUAAGUACAAUUGGGGCAGUGCAGUGUUGGCUUACUUGUACCGUGCACUUUGUCGGGCAUCUAUCGAUAAUGUGGUUGACAUUUGCGGAUUUAUUCAUUUCCUUCAGUUUAAUUAUUUUGUUUGUCACAUUAAUGUUUGGUGUUGGGAGAGGAUCUUACCUGUACAACCAUCAGCUCCUCCGCCGCAUGAUGGUGACAUAUUACUUCCAUAUGCUAGGCGAUGGACGCGUGCAAUUGAUAGGGAUACUGAGUCACAUCAUGUUCUUUUCCCGAUUAGAGACUAG